GUUUGUCUACCUUUCAUCAGUCAUUACAUGUUCGUAACAGACGUAACACGUGUUUGAAUUGUCAUUAGUUUUGGAAAAUUUGUAUUUCUGUAGAAUUUUCUGAAUUAUUCAGUCAGAAUUGUUAGAAUUUCAAUCUCUGGAAUUUUAAUCUGUGAUCCACCAAAAAAAGGAACUUUAUUUAGACGUACGGAAUGAACGACAAGAUAUUUUGCACUGAGGAUGGAUUCGCCGUCAAAACUCUGUACCUGAAAUCUUUGGCGAGAGACUUGAGGGGUGAUCACCUAUUCGACUACUUUGCUACGUUCGGCCCUCUUCAGAGCCUUCGGAUCCACGUCCAUCCAACCCACUCGUUUGGAUUUGUCAAAUUUGAAAGACCAGAAGCAGCCGCAACUGCAUUGAAAAUGAGACAUCAUGUGAUUGAUGAUCGUAAAAUAGAAGUGGAAAUCGCAGACCGUUGUCAUCAAGAUGAACCGGCAACGAACGACGAGCUGCGUAUAGAAUCAACCAAUAUCAGUGGUACAAAGUUCAUGGAUCUCAACGAUGAUUGUCUGCGUCAAAUAUUCAGUCAUGUGUCGGCCAUGGAUUUAUGUUCGUUGCACGACUGCUCGGAGAUUAUUAAAAACAAUCGCUUGAAAUACAUCGCCAACGAAAUAUUUGCACGAAAAUACAAAUCGAUCGAACUAACUGAAGCAGCGACGACAGGGGAUGAGGUAGAUCGACUGUUAACCAAGUUUGGACCGCUGGUACUGCACAUAAAAACGGAUAAACGGAUUGAACGGAUAAAAAUUGAACGGAUAGUUAAAUGGUGCAGUGGAACGUUAAGGUCGCUGGAUGUUAGACAUUUUACAUUCGGUGAAGAACCGACCCGGGCUAUGGAAGAGCUGGUCAGUAAUCUAAGACGCCUAAUUAUUCACAAUUGCCAUUUCCAAGGUGGUGCGACGAAGUUAUUUGCUCACUGUAAGUCAUUGGAGCAUUUAGCGGUUUAUCACGAAGUACCACAUGCAAUGCUCCAGCAUACCUUUCCCAGGCUGCGGAUCUUUGACUGUACACGUUCGACUCUAUGUGCUUUGCACACCAUUAAUUUGGGGCGUUUUAUUUCGCGUCACAGGAGACUGGAAACGCUACGGUUAAUCAGCGUCAUUGAUCACUCAGUCCUGUUGCCAUUAAUAGCUCUAAGCUGUACCGAGCUGCGAGAAUUGGGGAUCUGUACUAAACGGCAGCAACGGCACCCCCGAUAUGAAAUUUCAGUCAAGAGUGUUUCCAGAUUCAAGAAGUUGGAAAAGCUCAUGAUUUGUGGCGAUCAAAGGCCGAUCACAUUAAUUCGAGAGUUGAAACAUUUGCAGCUAUUGAGAGAACUCUAUUUGAUGGGUGGUUCCCUCGGCCCCGAAGUCGUUACGGCUUUGACAGAGCUAAAGAUGCUACAAGUUCUCCAAAUUCGUGAUUGUGUGGAAUUCACAAAUUUUGACCCAUUGGCAGAAAUGAGUCGAUUGAAAAGAUUGUGCAUAACCACGCGCGAAAUCGUCACUUUCGACCUAAUCCACCUGGUCAGCCGUCUGACUGAUUUGGAAACACUGGAACUCGAUUCGAAAAUAGUCGCUUUUGCGAUUAACAAGGAAAUGCACUCCCGAAUUGUCGUCGCGCGAUCAAAAUCGGUCACUACCAAACGUGCCCUUGUAAUUGUGUGCAAUGGCGUCGCAAAUCAAUUUCCAAUCUAGUUUUGAUGAUCUCUGUAAUCACUUUUUGACAAUAAAAUAUUUUCAUACAGCGUCCAUUA